UUAUAAUACUUAAAAACAUAAUAUGAGGGUUUUACUGACAACAAAAUAUUUCGUGACGAAUCUUUUGCCGCUAUCUUGUGGUUAGAAAUGGAAGUAGAUCAUACAAACGGCUAUAUAAAAAGUGGGCGCCUAGAAAAUACUGUAAUGCAACCGAGCAUACAAGGGCUCUUAUCUCUAUCCACACGAAAAAAUUGGUCACCUAGCUUUGGUCACCCAACUUCACACUCGUUAUUAAUCGUGUUGUAAAUAUUGUUGAAUUUAUUUUAUUCAUUUUAAAAUUGAAAUCAUUCAUCGUAAUUUUACAUUGCAAAGUAACAACUUUUUUUUUUUUAUUAUUAACUUUUAAAGCCAUUAACUGUUGGUUUUUGUUAUGAAUAGUGACGGACAUUUAUAACUGAUGGUUAGGAUGAAUAAUAUAAACUUCAUGCUUAUAAUAUAACUUUCGUUUAGAUGGCAACCUACAUUUACCAUUAUGGUGGCCGGCGGAGGAAAAAGGGGUCGUGGCGGAGGUGGUUAUGGCGGCGGUGGCGGUGGAGGUCGUGGUAGUCGUGGCGGCGGCGGUAACGCCACAAACAGAAACAAGUGCCUAAAGUGCUACAGGCGUGGCCAUGUUGCUGCUGACUGCUGGUUGAACCAGCAGUCAGCAGCAACAUGGCCACGCCUGUAGCA